CUUAUCUAGACUGUAUAAUAACCAUACAUAUUUAAUAGACAGAAAUGUUAACUACGUAUUUAUAAAACAUGUAUUUGAAUACUUUCGCUUUCGCUGUCUAAACAGGCCGCUGUUGCUAUGCAGAUUUUGCGAGAUAAAUUCAUCUGUUUUGUAACUGGGCAGACCAGGAAAAGGCGUCCAAUCAGAAAAAUCCCUGUCAGAAAAAUAAUUCUGAUCGACGAAUGAAAUUUCACCCGCUUUUGGUAUCCGGGUAGAUUUGUAACAGUUAACCAGUCGGAAUAGACGUUGGCUUUGUAGUCAGGCAGACAUAACAAAGCCGUCCAAUCACAAAAAAAUCUGAAAGGGGAUUUUUGCUGUAUCUUGGCUCAGAUGGUGGUACUUAGCACUGGUUAGUUGGUCCAGAUGUCGGAGGCAGAGCGGCACCAGCAAGCCGAAGCCUCCCGGCGGGGGGAUGGCAGUCUGGAGGCAGGUGAGGGCGACACGGAGCCCAGCAUGCUGUUGCAGAAACUCAAGAGCAACAUCUCGAAGAGUGUUCAGACCAAAGUGGAUCAGAUCCUGCAAGAUGUUCAGCGUUUCUCCGACAAUGACAAGCUGUACCUGUACCUCCAGUUGCCCUCUGGACCCAGCUCUGGAGACAAGAGUGGUGGCGACUCCAGCUCCUUCAACACAGCUGAUCAGCUUCACACCUGUAACUGGAUCCGCAGUCACCUGGAGGAGCAUUCAGACACCUGCCUGCCUAAACAGGAUGUCUACGAGACAUACAAGAGAUACUGUGAGAACCUGCAGCAUCGCCCUCUGAGCGCCGCCAACUUUGGGAAAAUCAUCAGAGACAUUUUCCCCAACAUCAAGGCCCGACGGCUCGGCGGCAGAGGACAGUCCAAAUACUGUUACAGCGGUAUCAGGAGAAAGACGGUUCUCAACAUGCCUCUGCUGCCCAACCUGGACCUGAAGAAUGACCCGGCAGAGCUGACUGAGCUGGUCCAGACGUACAAGCAGGAAGUGACAGAGGCGGCAUGUGAGCUGAUCUGUGAUUGGGCGCAGAAGAUCCUAAAGCGUUCAUUCGACACGGUGGUGGAGAUCGCUCGUUACCUGAUCCAGGAGCACAUUGUCAACCCUCGCUGCAGCCAGGCCGAGCUGGUGACCUCCGCAGCGCUUGCAGGAGGUCCAGCCAAACCCCACAAGGUCAUCAAGAAAACACCCGUCAUCUCCAAAGCUGAGAGCGACCUAGCUGCUGAUCAGAAGAAGGAACACACUGACUCUUCCUCCUCCUCUUCACUAAAGCCCCUGCCUGGAGAUAAAUCAGCUGCAGCAGCCAAACCUUCCUCCUUGGAUGCUCCUCCUCUUCCUCCCACCUCGUCCUCUUCCUCCUCUCUGCGUCCUGCGGUGGAGGCAUUCAUGAAGCAGUUACCCAGAAUCCUCCCUCGGAGCUCCAUCCCUGAUAAGACCCAGCUAUCGGUCCGCUCCUCUCCCCCCUCACUGGCUCCCAAAGACGCCUCAGGUGUCGGGGGGGCUUCUGGACCCGGAGGCCCAGCUGCUGCUGCUGCCGCUAGUGGUGGUGGGGUGAAGGUCAUUGCCAUGGCGACGCUGCCCCAGCAGCAGGGCGGGCCCGUCCCAGUGAUGAUCCUGCCUCAGGGCUGUCUGUCGUACGAGCGGGAGAAGGUUGCGCCCCCGCCACAACCUCCUCCUCCACCUCCUCCUCCUCCUCAGCAGCAGCAGCAGCAGCAGCACACCCCUGCAGCCCCCACCUCAGUGGUCCAGAAAGCACGAGGGAAUGCCAGCAAGCGCCCCCUGGAGGUGGUGGCAUCAAGCGGUGGCCCUGUGGGUGUGUCUGGUGGUUCUGCUGCUCCUCCAGUGAAACGGAAACGUGGUAGACCAAGAAAACCUCGACCGGAAGACACCCUGCCUCCUCCUCCUCCUGCUGCUCUUUCUCCCAAGCCUCCCCCUCCUGCCCCUCCCUCCCAUCCUCCCAUCAUCACCUCCCUCACCGGCGGCGUCAUCCAGAAAGCUUCCUCCUCCUCCUCCUCUUCCUCCUCCUCCUCGCAGCAGGUGCUGGAGCUGGUGAUCCAGGACCAGCCGGGCCUGGUUGUCAGUCAGCUACCAGCAGUGUCGGACCCUGCUCACCGGCUGGUGGAGCACCGCGGGGUAGUGGUGCAGUGUCAGCCAGGUGGCGCAGUGGAGGCUGACCGCCACAGCAGGCCGCUGCUGCUUUUCCAGAGUCCAGGGAACCCCAGCUGGGAGCUGGCGGCGUCGGGACGGACCCCAAUGGUGGAGGUCAUCCAAAAAGCUCCUAGGCCAAGCAAUAACAACAGCAGCACCGCUCCUCUACCUGCAGCACACCUCCACCCUCCUCUUCCUCUGCCCACGCUGCACGAGGAGCGGGGUGAGGUUGAGAUAACGUUGACGCCGGUGGAGCUGCACGUCAACCCGCCGCUGCCUUCCACCUCUUCCUCUGCUCUUGCCUCCUCUUCCUCCAUCUGCUCCAUCACAGCAGGGAAGAGUGAGGAAGAGGAGGCAGGAGAGGGCAGCAGCACCGCCUCAAAGAAAGAGGGACACUAGCUGUCAUCACUCUUCUUCCUCCUCAUCCUUUGUAUCAGCCCUCACUCAGCUUUUACCUCACCUGCGACAAAACCCCACCCCCUUACAUGCCCUCUUCCCUUAUUGGUGGAAAUCCCAGAUUGGCAACAGCAGAGAGCCAAUCGAGGAGGAUAAAUGAAGCCAAACCUCAACACUCUGUCCUUCCAUCGGCUCUCAUUGCACUUGUAAACAGACUGGAUGCUGUUAGAAACCAGUGAAUCUUUAUCUGCAUGUCUGUCUGUCUGUGUGUCUGUCUGUGUGUCGACUGAAACCAGCAGAACGACUCCUCAGGUGGCCGGACCUGAAAUCAAACCUCUUCCUCUCCCAUCUUCCCUUCCUUUCUUCCUUCCUUGCCUCCUUGUAUCCUUUAUCUCCAGACUUGUCAUUUUCUGUGCUGAGGUUUGGUCGUCUGCUGCGUUGCUUCAGAUCAGUCGAUUUAUAAAAAAAUUAAAUAAUAAAAAAAAACAGAUAAAAGAACAGAGUGAUGUAAAGGAAGGAGAGAAGAGGAAGAGGGGAAGGAGACAUGUCUCCAGGAUUGAAUCAAGCCCCAGAUGAAGUUCAGCCUGGAGUGGAUAGACACAGAAGGUACUACGGGUCAGAGCCUUGUAAAGGUUCUUUGUGCUAAAUAUGAAAAAAUGACCUCUUUAAUGGAGCUCUGCCUCAAUUCACCUUCAUACAAAUAAAACAAAAUAAGAUUUUAGGAUGCUGUGCUGCAACUGUUGGACAAUAAAUCUGGAUGUUUUCAAGCCUGUAAAAGUUAAUUAAGUCAACAAAGAGUAAGUGGAAAUGAAAACAAAGUCCUGGAUUGAAUGUGAAUUGAAGCUCGGCUCCGCUCUCCUCUUUAAAGAGUUCCUUUGUUCUAAACAGCUUUGGUUUGUUGUGUUUGUGUUGGUUUAGUAGAUGUUUCUGAUUGCGUCUGUCUGUCUGUCUGUGUCUGUGUCUGUGUGUGUGAGACAGGGAGAGUUGAGACACAAAAUUUCAAGGCCCUCAUCAACUACAGAAAAACGUUCACAUUAAAGUCAAUCAUUUAUUUAGUCGAGGCUAAUUAUCAAAACCUUUAUUCAGACUUGUUUUUUUGUAUUUUAGUGAGGUCGUUAAUGAAAUCGUUUAAAACUAAUGAAAAACACUUAAUGUCGGGUUCAAGUCUGUGGUGGGGGGCAGUCAUGUUUGUAGUUUAAAGGCCUGUUUUCCCAAAAAGGCACCUUCAGCCUGGUACCUCAGUCUCUUAUCAAACCUUUUAUUGUUGCUUUAAAAGUUUAACUUUACAGUAACUUUACAGCAAAUUUCACUAUUUGAAACGGCUAAAAUCUCACUUCAUUGUAGAGCUGCGUGCAGCGCAUCGAUUCACCCAGCUCCCCCACAUGCGAUUAAAACACCUGCCCCACAUUUUGAUUUUUUAAUUUUCCGAGCUGGACUGUUUAUUUGGAGACUUUUUGGAAUAUAUAAACCGUUCAGUGCUCCACAAUGUCAGAGCGCAAGUUUGAAGUGUGCAUUCAUGGUACUGCAAAAAAUCUGAAUUUAGAGAGGUUACAAAAAAUGAUACACAAGGGGCACACAGGCAAGGAAGAGGAAAAUUAUCGGAAAGUUAGCAACCCUCUCUCUCUUUAUCAUGAGACUGCUGCUGCCGACCAGAGCUCUGUGCCUGACACAGAGUCACACAUACAGGGAGACGGCUAACUAGCUAACACUACCAGGCGGAUAUUAACAGGUUUAAUGACAGAGUGGAGUGUACAACUAUUUUUUUUGGGGGGGAGGGGGCAUUUUUGCCUUUAAUGCACAGGACAGGUAAGUGUGAAAGAGAGGGGGGAUGACAUGCAGCAAAGGGCCACGAGCUGGAUUCGAACCCGGGCCGCUGCGGCAACAGCCUUGUACAUGGGGCACCUGCUCUACCACUAAACCACCGACGCCCCAGAGUGUACAACUGUUUUUGAAAUUUUCCCUUGCCCCUGCAAUUUCAUCGCAAAAAACAACAACAUUUAUUUGAAAGCUGUCAUGAAAUCAGGCAUUCCAGGCCGCAACAAUCCCAAAAAACAGCCCCAGAAAUUCUUGAGAAACCGUACAAUCAGGAGCGUGUGGAAGAUUAUUGACGAUGAAAGAUCUUGAAAAACACAAAACAAGUUUGAGCAUUACUCUGUCUGCAACAUUUGAGGGCAUGCAAGCAGAAUUGGAUUCGUGCAACUAAAACAAAACUUUUUCUGCUAUUUCACUCUCAUAUUUUACUGUAAAAGACUUUAUCUAUGAGGGAAGCUUGAGGUCAGGGACAUGGAUAAAAUCUGUUGUAAUUUUUUUUUAGUAUAUUGUGAUAUAAAACACUUUUUGAAAGACAAACCAGACAGAAAUGUUUGUUCUAAAAUACCUGACAAAUUGAAGUACUUUAACACGUGGAUGUAUAAGCAAAUCCUGCAAAGUAAUAUAUACAUUUCCCACAUAAUCUCAGAUGACAGAAAACAUGUACAUCAUCUUAUUACCUGCACCUAAAGAAAGCCAAAACUCUCAAAUGUUGAAUUUUGUGUCAAUACAAAAAAAAAAAACCUGAAUUAAAUGCAGUCUCAAGCUGGAUAAACAAAUUAAAUAAGGAACUAUCUGAUCAACAGCUUCAUCAACAAGAUUAUAAAUCUGACCAGGUACUUUUACAGUCUUUAAUACUCAUUGUGACUGAUGCAUUGGGGUUUGAUACCCAGCCCCACUGACCACAGCAAGAACCGACAGUGUUUUUAUAAUUUUUCAUUUUCCUCAUCUCCCAAGAUUCCAAACUUACAUGUCUGACAUUAGCACUUACUUGUCCACAAAAUGCCUCCAGCUUUAUCCACCCCUAGGACACAAAUGUCUGAGGUACAAACCCAGAAACGCAGAAGUUUGUCAUCUCCUUCUGAAGAAAAUGGCUUCAGCUCAGGCACAGAGAGCAAAGCACAAAGUCACCUGCCACUAAGGACAUGCAGUAGAAUUCCAGUAUGUGUUAAUGAUGAGGAAUAUUUGCAGAAAAAUAGCUUCUGUAGCACUGAGUGGACAGGAUUAGCCUGCUAGCCUAGCUUAACUGUUAUUGUAUGUUGCCAUGCACACUUUGCACUAACUCUUUGACCACCUUCUCUCACUCACCACUGAAGCACUGUCUGGGUUAGCAGUGUGACGUUACCAUGUCUGAAGAUCUAAGAUGUUCAUUUCUGAUUUCGGUCUUUGACUUUCCUUUCACUUUCCUGCUCACCUUGAAGUCAUUUUUGGAAUUGACGUUAAUGUUGAGUUCAAGCUCAAAGACACUCACUUUUCACUGUUGUGAAGGACUGAUUUUUGUUGUCUAGAUGACGUUGACAGAGUUGAGAGCAGUGAUCAGAGUAGCUUUUGUAGACUUAUUAUAGUCCAAAAAAGCAGAUAUGCAAGAGAAACUUGUUUGAUUUUUAAAAGGUUUUAUUUUUUUUAUUUUGUUAUUUUAAUUCAUUUAUUUAUUAAAACUGACAUCAUAAAGUAUGGUUCUUGACUCUGAACAACGAUGGAGCUAUACCUUAGUGACCCAUCCUCAGAAUAUGAAACAAAAAUAGCUCCUUAUAAAAGAUAAAAUGUAGUAUCGUAGUCAUAAACAAAUGCAAACACGUCCUUGUUUUUUAAUCAUCUUAAAUGUUUAGAAAAUAACAUCACAAUUUAGGCUUUUUUUCCCCUGCAAAGCAGGAAUUUCAAUCUGGCUGGGACAGGCUUGUGAUGGAAUGUUUUGGGUGAAUAAAUGACCCGAAAGCAACAAAGACUGAAAAAAUUACAUUUUAUUAGAAUUUAAUGCAUUUAUUUCCAUCUCAACCAAAUUGCUGUUUCUUUAGGAAAAAUAUUUUGCGUUAAAUCUUUUAGAUCUGUGCUCCAUCCAUAAAUGUGUGUUGUUAUACAUAUGAUUCAUUAUUACAACCAUUUAAAGUUACAGAAAAACAGGAGUUUAAACGGUUACCUGUUUUUUAUUUACACACAAAUUUGCUUCUUCUGUUCCAUUUGGAAUAAGCUCUUUGUAUAGAUUAUGGUGAAAUAAAAACACAUUCAUAAUUGUACAAGUUUCCUGUAACUUUAACUGACUAAACAUCUGCAGAGUUCAUUUAUUUCUGUACCAGAAAGUGGCAUCCAACGUCCAACCAAUAAAACAUGAUGAGUUUUUUAAAAUAAAAGCACAAAUUAAAAGAUAAUUGUUUCAGCUUCAAUAAAAUCUUGAUCAGAUCUUGUGAUUGUCCCACAAAAGUAAAUUCUUUUUGCAGCAAGACAGCAUAAAGACACAACAUGAAACAUGAAACAAACAGUAAAAAACACACUAAGAAAACUGAAGCACAGAACCAACAGAACCACCACCACAAAACCACCUUAAAUUUUAAUUCCUAACCUCCUUCGUCAACCAGGAAUAUUCUGAAAAAUAAACUGUUUAAAUCAUUUUCUCCUCCUUUUUUUCUUCUUCACUGGUGGAGUUUGACCCUCCAUCGUCAUGGUAACGUUACAUUGCUGACAUUUGUUCUUCACCUUCUGCCAAACUGCCUCUCGUUCCGUCCGAGGGCGUCUUCUUCAUUGUUGGUGCUACAAACUGCAGGGCUCGGCCCUCACUGUUUUCCAUCCUGUGAUCGCAGAUCUAUACAAAAAAAAAAAAAAAAAGUUUUUUCUGUCAGUGCUCACACAUCAAGGUGUGAAUAUGUGUGUGUGUGUGUGUGUGUGUGUGCGUGUGUGUGUGUGUGUGUGCGCGUGUGUGUGCGUGUGUGUGUGCGCGCGCGCGCGUUUCCCUCCGUCCUGUGACAACGAGAGCUUCAGGUCGUUUAAAGGGUGGCCAGAAAAAAAACUGACUGUUAAAACAAUAUCUGUUGCAUGAUGGGAAAGUGAGUCUAACCGCUUGUCCUUUGCCAUGUGAGUGCAGCCUAGCUUACAGCACUACUCAUAGUUAAUAAUUAAAAGGAGCACUAAUGAUGCUAAUAAGUCAUUUUUUAUCACUUAAGUGAAGUGCGAAAAUGUAGAAAAACAUCUCAACUAAGAUGUCUCGGUCUCCCUUUAACUGCCGAGCCUCAGCCCUUUUCAGACAGAACUGAAACAAAUGAAAAGUUGCACUGUUAAAAUUUAAAAAGAGAAAGAGAAAGUCCUUGUAUGUUAUGAAAUUAUUGUGAUAUGUGUUGAGAAAAUACAUUGACAAAUAUUUCUGUAA